CCAGUUGCAGGAUUCUGCAUCGAGCCCUUGCUCUCAUUGAAGUCAACAGUGCACACGUGACGUAAUCCUCGCGCCAAGACAUUUCAGAAUUUCGGAACGUCGACCUGCAGCAGAUCGAUAACCGUGUUCUUGCGCACUCACCCCGUCUUCUGAAUUGACAUGCUCCUCCCUCCCUCAUAAACCUCCCCCGUUGCGAGUAUGGCUGCUGGUCUCAUCGGUAUCUCCGUAGCUGUCACGCUACAAAAUCCUCCCAACACAGUCGUACAAGGCAUCGUUGCUGCUGUUAAUCCUCAAACGGCCACUUUGACUCUGCAGGAUGUCUUGUUCCCCGCCACUGGCCACAGGCUCGACGGCUAUAACGUUGAAGGUCACGCGAUAGCUGAUAUCAAAGUCAAUUCCCCUCCUACCGCGCCGCCUCCACCACAACCACAGCGCCAUCAGCCUCCCCAACAUCAUGCGCAUGUGUCGUAUCCUCCCCCUCCCUUCCACCAGGCUCCAGCUCCAGCAGCUGCACCCGCUCCUCCACCGGCUCAGCAGCCUUUCCAGGAUCCUGCCAUCCUCAGCGUCAACAAGCGAUCUACUGCGCCAUCCUCGUCUCACCCGAUCGCUGCACCCCCCCAAGAAGCUCCCGCGACGCCGAUCAAGCCAAUCUCCUCAGCAACAGCUGUGCCUUUACCUGCCACCACUUCGCCGUUUGUCGGUGUAGCCAAGAAGCAGAACGUGCGAAAGCCCAGCGCUGCCACGCUCGAGGGGCCUUUCUCCUCGCUGGACAUCGCAGAUGCCGAGGAGCCUGACAGCGAUGAUGCGAAGACGCGGCAGCCGGGUCCUCUCCGAAGGGCGAGCGUAAACAAGACGAGAUCGGGAAAGCCUAUGGAGGAUAUCACGACUCCUGGACGGGAAGACAGCUACAAGCGCACAAGGCGUGGGGGCAAGGCUCGGAAGAAGGAAGUCGCUGCGCAAGAGAAGAGGAAGGGUGCAGACUUGAAUGGGUCUCCGGACGUUGUUCGCAAAGGAAAAGGAACUGGCUGGCGCCAGACGCCUAUGUUGCAGGAUGCAGAACAGCCUCAAGAACGAACCCCAGGCGUUAUCGGCGGCAGAGUCGGCCUCGAAGCGGCGAGCGCGUCGAAUCGUAAAACGCGGAAACAGCGGGCGCUGGAGGCAAAGAACGGUUGGGCCACAGAAGAUGCCACAGACAUCCAAGAGCUGCCUGAGUUUGACUUCUUGGGUAAUCUGUCGAAGUUCGAUAAGCGGUCUGUCUUUGAUCAAAUCAGGAAUGAGGACACCACUGCGGAUGAGGAUAGACUGGUCAGCUUCAAUCGACUUGCUAGACCUGGUACACACGGUGGGAAGAACUUGCACCCAACGGAGAAUGUAUUGGAAAGCCGGCGGUUGAAGAGCACAACAAACACGGACAGUGAAGACGACGACAUGUCGGAGUUCGAGAGCGGCCGAACCUCACGUAGGGCCAUGUCUCGAACGUCACACAAACGUGCUCCCACACGACAAGGAAGUGGCGUGCUACAGCCAGACAUCGAUGCAGUGAGCCACAACUCGGGUGCUCCUCCAAGUCUUGUAUCUCGCGCAUCACGUGCAUAUAUCAAUCGUCCCUACGCAUCAUCACAUGCCACAGGAAGCCCCAAGCCAGGCCGAAUUGCUACACCACCGGACUCGCCUCUCCUCGAUCCAUCCGCCGUCAGGUCUUGUCUUCGUCUUGUGUCGAGCAAUCGCAAGUGCCACACCAUCACUCCAGGUGGCAUGCUCGCCGUCGAGGAGAGCGCAGAGGUCGACUUCGGUCUCACAGAGGACAUGAUGGCAGAGAACGCCGGCCGUGGUAUCGCUGAAGUCGCACUCUCCGCCAUCAACCCCGGCGGCCGUCGUCUUGCACGCGACAACCCCAACUCCCGCCCUGUCAUCGUCGUCCUCGCAGGCAACCACCGCGGCGGCGCUCGAGCCGUAGCCGCCGCCCGCCAACUGCAAGCCCGCGGACCCAAAGUCAUGGUCGCCCUCCUGGGCUUCGAGCGCGCCGCCGACUGGGACCGCGACGUCCGCCGACAAGUCGACCUCUUCAAGAAGUUCGGCGGCUCGGUCCGCGCCUGGCCCCAAACCGAAGACGCCCUCAAGCGCCUGCAAGCCCCGCCCGAACUCAUCAUCGACGCGCUCCUCGGCCGCCACAAAGAAUUCGACGCCCUGGGUGACGAAGACCGACGCACCGUCCUCGCCAUCGUCGGCUGGGCCAACAAGUCCCGCGCCGCGUGCCUCGCCGUCGAAACCCCCUCCGGCGUCGGCGGCUCCACGGGCGAAGUCGCCAUCCUGGAGGGCGAGCCCCUCGAGGUCCGCGCGAAGUACAUCGUGUGUCUGGGCGCGCCGCGCAGCGGGCUCCUCAAGGCGCUGCAGAACGGUACCGGUCGCGACCCCCAGUGGCUCAUCUGGGUCGUGGAUAUCGGCGUCAAUCGCCCCUGGCGGAACGCGGGUAUCGGGGGAGGCGGCGGAAAGGGCGUCAAGUUCGGUGAGAACUGGAUCGUGCAGAUUAAGUAUGCUGUUGAGGGUGAGGGGGAUGGCGAGGGGAUUGCCAGGGUGUGAUGAUGAUGAGGUCGAGGGGAUUUUGGUGGAGAAGGUAACCCCUUUUUUCUUACACAUUCUACUGCUUUUUUCGGUACGGACGACAGCAUUGCGAGGGCGUUCAUAUUCAGCUUUACAUUCUAUCGUGGGGUACUAGUCACAUUGGGGCUCUCAUCCUACGGGACAGACAUGAUGGGGGUUUGAGCUACAGUUGAGGAGAAGCUCAUGGGAAAAUGCUUCGAAGACGAAGUGUAGGAUCGAUGAUGAUAUCAGGAGUGUAUGAUUAGCGAUCAAAAACAUUGAUAUGCUCUUUAUUCUGCUCGUCCAAAUGAAUUU